CUCUUUUGGAUAUGAGUGAGGAAAAUAAAAAAUAGAGUUCCUUAUUUUCCUUCCUCUCCCAUAAAAUAUUAAAACAGAGUGAAAAGCGUUGCUUCCCAAGACGAGAAGACAAAAUUUGUUCUUUCUGUAACUCGGUUACAUUCCUUGGUUUCGUUGCCUGUCUUUUACUCCAAGUACGCUUCCUGCCUCUUCGCAGGACCACCUCUUCGUGUGUUUUCUCAUCUGGCCAUGUUUAUCCGAGCCCCUGAAGCAAAAUAAAUACACGAUUGACGCAGUUAGAAGAAAUACGCUUGUGAGCGAAAAUGGGGAUUCUCGAAGCGCACAACGUCAAGGUUUUGGGGUCAGGACUGCAAGUUUUAGUCCUAUCUCAUAGCUUUGGCACCGAUCAAUCUGUGUGGAAGUAUCUGGUGCCAUACCUGCUCGAAGACUAUCGUGUUAUUUUAUAUGAUAGUAUGGGUGCUGGUUCCACUAACCCAGAUUAUUUCGACUUCGAAAGAUACUCAACCAUUGACGGGUUUGCUUAUGAUUUGCUUGCCAUAUUAGAUGAACUAGAGGUGAAGUCUUGUAUUUUUAUUGGCCACUCAGUUUUGAGUAUGGCUGGUGCCAUUGCCUCUGUUUCUCGCCCUGAUCUCUUCUCUAAGCUCGUCUUCAUCUGUGGCACUCCGAGGCCAUUGAAUGAUAAAGACUACCAUGGAGGAUUCGAGCAAGCAGACCUUGACCAAAUGCUGAAAGGAAUGCGUUCAAAUGUCGAAGCUUGGUGCCAAGGCUUCGCACCAAUGGUGGUAGGUGGCGACAUGGACUCGGCGCUUCUGCAAGAAAUCUCCCGAACAUUAUUCAACAUGAGACCUGAUAUAGGCUUAAGUUUAACCCAGGUAAAAUUCCAAUGUGACACUAGACAUAUUUUGCCUCUGGUCAAAGUCCCAUGCCACAUACUGCAGAGCGCCAAGAACAUGGUGCCAGUGGAGGUGUCUGAAUAUAUGCAUCAACAUCUUGGAGGCCCAUCUGUUGUCGAGAUUAUGUCUUCGAAAGGUCACUUGCCGCAUUUGAGCUCUCCAGACAUCGUCAUCCCAGUUAUUCUCAGGCACAUUAACCUUGAUAUAACCAAAUGAUCUAUAUACAUAUAAUGUGUGGUUUGUCUUCCAUGUGAAUGUGUGUGCUUUGUUUUCCAUGUCAAUAUCUCCUAAUCCUUUCUAUGUUUUCACUAGCAAGAAAUGAGAAGCUAUAGACCUUGUAAGCUUCAAACCUUUAAUUAAGCAUAAUGAUAUUCCAUCUUGUAUGAAUUUUGUUUA